CUUGUGUUUACACCACGUGCGUUAUGCGUAUCGAACAAAAACAUCUCCAACCUGCUAAGUGUAUCAGUUGCGUGAUCGAAGCCUGAAUGAAUUCCAGAGUUGAUCGUUUCGGAAAUUCGAAAAGAUGGUGACCUUGAAGAACAGCAACAAUCGGUGCCGCUUCUGCAGCAAAGUUUUCUGCUGCUUGAAAUGUCGUGACGCCCACGAGAGCAACAAACACGCCGAUCUCAAUUCAUCCAAACCCAAGUGUCCGUUAUGCUUCAAGUGCGACCUUCCAUACGAUCCUCGGCUCAAUUCUAUCGACGAUAACUUGGGUAGAGCUCAAUUUGUAUGUCAUGUGGUUAUCAAUCACCUGCCGCUGAGGUGCAAGGUUUGCGGCGAUACGUUUGACAGCAAUCAAGCCUUUCAGAGUGCUGAACCUUGCAAAGGCCCGAUAAAAAAAGUAGCAGCACCGGUGGUAACAGCAAGUCCAGUGAGCAAUCUUCCAUGCGACAAUAAUAACAACAGCGACAUCAUCCCAGUGGAAAAGAAACUGCUAUUGACACCGCAAUACCACAUCGAAGUGAACGCCAGCGAGAAAUCUCUGGCUAGCGCUGGCUCCUUGCACCUCAAGAACCCGGAGAACUUUGACUCUCCUCUGGAGUUGGCGCGGCACACUAGCACGCCUAUGCACUUGAGCGUCGUCGGUUUGCAGAAAUAUCACGGCCAUCCGCCUUCCGUUCCGGAAUUCGAUUUGAAAACACCGUCAUCACAGAGAACCUUCGACACCAUCGGUAGUUCCUGGGGCUCAGCAGCUUCCGUCUUCGAGUCGAGAUAUUUCACCGCCGAAACUGAUGGACCUUCGCUCGGAUCGGCUAUCGAGGGCAGCAACAAUUCCACCAACGCCCGCGACAACCAGAAUAUACCGACUUGGACUUCACCCGUGUUCCCGAUUUUGAAGAAACAGCUAGAAGCACAAAAUUCAGACGCCGAUUCUCCGAGUACCGGUUCGAAUUACCGAGUGGAGCGGAGUAUCUUGAAGUCUGCUCUGCUAAGUCGCAUCGACGACAGCCACGGCACUCCUCGCGACUCUAUUGAAAAACGAGUUCGCUUUUCCGACCAGUUCGACACGCCAACUUCGACAAUUACGACGAUGUCGGAUGCUAGUGCUUGCGAUAGCGAUAUCUUCUUUGAAGCUCGUGAAAGCCUUGACGAUGACGAGCAGGCUGCCAAAGAUUCGCCAGUUAUUAAACAGCUUGAGCAAAACAAAGUCGAGAGAGUGGCCGCUGAUACCAGCGUAAGCAACAGUAAAAUCAAUGCUUCGGCCACCUCGUCUUCUUCGAGAGUUCUCAUGAUGCUGCUUGUCGAAAAGACUGACAAUGCCAAGGGAUUUUCUAGUGUCGAUCUUGCUCCUCUCAUUGAUUCUGGCUUGAAAAAGCUGGAGGAAAGUGCCAAUUUGAACAAUAAUUCCAGGACUGACAAUGGCAAUCAAGGCUCGAGCAACAGCGGCACCGUAGCUAAGUUAACCACUGAGAUUACCAGCUAUGCUCGUCAAAUCGAUGGUUCAAUGUCCAAACCUUUGAAAGGCUGUCGUCGUCGAGCAUCGAUCAAGGAUACUCUCAUAACGAUGAGCGAUUGCAUCGAAUGUAUCACACCACCGUCACGAUGCAAUCAGCAGACAGUUAUGGAUCAAGAACGCGAAUGGAUUAACAAAGCCGAUAGCGUCGUUAAUGCUGGUGGUGCAUACAAAUCCGAUGGACUUUUUUCAGCGAUGGCACGCGUGGUGCGAAGUGCACUAAAGAAGCUGCCCGCUGCGGUGACCGCGAGGAACCUGUCGCGCGAACCUAUCCCACUGAAUCCAAACUCACCGCCUACCGUUGCUCCUACUGCUGUCGUUGAUUGUCACGCUACGGCUACUGAUGCUAUUGCACUCGUUCAUCGUUCUUCUUCCAUCAAGAGACCACGUGACCGCAUUGAUUCUCUUGAUGAGGCUGCAACUCUGCGAGACUCGCCAGGAAGAAACAGCGGCGUGAGCAGCAGCAUUAGCAGUAGCACUCGAGCUAACAUCACCACUAUCCAAAAUACCGCAAGUAUGAACAGCGAGCUGACGGUAACGAGUCCAGCGGCAAAACGUCAUCGAGGCUGGUGUCGCAUUCGAGCACGCGAGCCAAUUGCUCGGAUGCGCGAACAAGUGGUCGCAGCUUCGCUCAGAGGUUCAUCUCGCGAGACUCAGAGAUUCCAACAAGGUGAACUCAGCAUCGGAGAUACCUUCUUGCCAUUACCGUCGAGAGCUCACCAAAGUACUCAGACCGAGGAUUAAACUUGCGCGGUUUAUCGAUCCAAUCGGCUUUUUACAUCCGGGGAGUGCAUUCUUGAUUAGCUUAAAGGAUAAAAGAUUGCGCGUAUCCGCUAGUUACAACAUCGCGUACGUUAGACUAGCAUUUUUAUCAAAGAUUUUUACGUUUCUUUUUGUACAGAAAAAUAAUUUACAGAUGUAUGUUUGUUACUCUUAUUAUUAAGUUAUCGGCUGAAAGCGAAAACAUAAGACUGCAAGCAUUUCAUUGUUGCGCCUGCAUCGCUUACAGACGAGAUCUCCGUAGUAUUAUCGCAAAGUUAUGACUAUGUUUUUUUUUAUAAUAGAGAAGAUCUCGCGCGACUGAUUAAGCAUGUGUUCCGCCCAUCUUAUUAUAUUUAUGAAAACGUCGAGGAUAUGUUGAAAUGUAGAAUCGUUUUUAUCGUUAUAAUGUAGUUGUCGAAAUGUCAGUGGCCCUGUUUAAGUACACACCUCUAGUAUAAGACGAUAAUAAAAAUAAAUUUCGAAGAGUCAACCGCUUUCCUUUGGACUUUGAACAACAUUCUCGCGUCAACAACGACUCGUUGCUCGCGUGCUCAAGGCUAUGAUUAAGCCGCGCGCACACACACAUUAUUUAAAAAGUCGUGUUUCGUAGCCGUCGCAUUGAAAAAAAAUCGAGCACUCUCUCUCUCAUGCUUGGUACUUAACGUUAUUUAAUCGUCUCGCGAGAGUGGCGCGCCACGGAA